AUGAAGGCACUAGUAGCUUUAAUAUUGCUUGUUCAGCUUCCAAUUCACAAAGCUGUACCAGCAGCUCCCCCUGGUCCCUUGGGCUGCGAUGACCCAGAAUCUGAAGAAGCAGCUGAAGCAGCUGUGAGUUAUGUUAAUGGCCACAGUCUUCACGGAUACAAGUUUGCCUUAAACAGAAUCAAGAAUAUCCGCGUGAUAGCCAAGGGGCUGAAUUCUGACAUUAUUUUUCUUGAACUUGACUUAUUAGAGACCACAUGCCCCAUUCUCAGCCCUACGCCUCUUGAAAAUUGCACAGUAAGGAGCUUUGCAGAACAUGCAGUUGAGGGUGAUUGUGAUGUCAAACUGCGGAGGGUGGAUGGGAAGUUCUCUAUCCUUGCUAGUAAAUGCCACUCACAUGCAGACUCAAGUGAAGAUCUCCUCCAAGUCUGCCCUAACUGUCCACUGCUGACAAAUUUCAGUAACACUGAGGUGUUAACAACUGUUACAGCUGCACUCAAUGAGCACAACAGCAAAACUNAAACAAUUUUCCUGUUUUAUCAGUAUCACCCAGUGCACAUUGUCUACGUUGAGUUUGCUGUGGCUGCCACGAACUGCUCAGCAGAAGCAGCUAAAGAUAAUGUGGAGGCUUGUCAACUGCUGCCUGACGAUCAGUCUAAUUAUGGUUUCUGCACAGCAACAGUGGUAACAACACAGGAUAAGUCACAGGACCUCAGAGUGGACUGCCAGCUCUAUGGACACCAGCCUGGAGUUACCUACUCUCAACCAAACCAAGAUACAACAGCAGGACUGGUUCCCAGUGUGGUACAAGGCUUCACAAACCAUAAUCUCAGGCUUUCCCACAAUAACCCUUUUGCAUCUGAAUCCAGCUCUUCAGAAUUUCCUACUGCCAUGCUUUCAGCAAAAUCUGUAGCAAAGAGAGCAGUUGCAGAGGUUGCUCAGCAUGACAAAGUACCUCGCCCAGUUGGCUUUUUGCCUCCUCCUCCUCCUCCUCCAUGCCCUGGAAAGAUUCGCCAUUUCAAGAUUUAG